AUGGAUGAAUCAAGUAACUGGAUUUUGGGAUUCACUGCUUAUUCGGGUAUUUGUACAAGCGUGGCCCUGCACUUCAUGCGAUUAGGAUCGGACUAUCGAUUGCCUGAGAUUAUGAUCACAGAGGGAGAAGAAGGCAAAGGUCCCUUGGCAGAAACUGUUAUGGUUUCCCUGCACAUUCCUAAACAUAGUCUGAUAGCAUUGAUGGCUUUCCUUGAUAAACUUCCAACAAAGGACAGACUUCAACGAAUGGGACUUAUCAGCGAAAGCAUAUGUGUACUCUGCAAAUCUAAACAGGAAACACGGGACCAUUUAUUUUUAAAAUGCCCAACUGCUAUUACAAUUUGGACAGCAGUUUUCUCACUUUCUAGUUUACGUGUUACUGCUUGUUCAUGGGAGGUUCUUAUAGCAUCGGCUAGUUCUAACUGGAAGGGAAAAUCAUUGCUUACUAUGAUCAUGAAGAUAGCUCUCAAUGCUCUCACUUACACAUUAUGGGAAGAGAGAAAUCAAAGGGUGUUUCAAAACCGAACAAGGUCUGCAUAA